CAUAGGGGCCUGGUGUCACAGGAUGAACAUGACCCCAGAAUGCCCGAAGCAGGGCAGGGAGCCAGUGCUGGUCCGACGGCGGCCCCCGACGCCCCAGGGUCUGCGCGAAACACUGAAAGCCCGGCUGCAGCAGAGCUUCUCAUGCAGUGGGCCGCGCGCCAGGGCGCUAGCACAAGACCUGGUCCCUGCAGUGCGCUGGCUGCGCCAGUACCGCCCACGGGAGUACCUGCCCGGCGACAUCAUGUCUGGACUGGUCAUCGGCAUCAUUCUGGUGCCGCAGGCCAUCGCCUACUCGCUGCUGGCUGGGCUGCAGCCCCUCUACAGCCUCUACACAUCCUUCUUCGCCAACCUCAUCUACUUUCUCCUGGGCACCUCGCGGCAUGUCUCUGUGGGUAUCUUCAGCCUGCUGUGCCUCAUGGUAGGCCAGGUGGUGGACCGAGAACUCCAGCUGGCUGGCUUUGACCCCUCCCAGGACAGCCCGGGGCCUGAGGCCAACAGCAGCGCCCUCAACAGCUCAGCCUCCAUGCCAGACUGCGGGCGCGACUGCUAUGCCAUCCGCAUUGCCACCGCCCUAACACUGAUGACUGGGCUUUACCAGGUCCUCAUGGGCAUCCUCCGACUGGGCUUCGUGUCCGCCUACCUCUCGCAGUCGCUGCUCGAUGGCUUUGCCAUGGGGGCCUCGGUGACCAUCCUGACUUCGCAGCUCAGGCACCUGCUGGGUGUGCGGGUCCCUCGGCACCAGGGACCAGGCAUGGUGAUCCAUACGUGGCUGAGCCUGUUGCGCAAUGCUGGGCAAGCUAACGUGUGCGACGUGGUCACCAGCGCCGUGUGCCUGGCUGUGCUGCUGGCUGCCAAGGAGCUCUCGGACCGCUACCGGCACCGCCUGAGGGCACCGCUGCCCACGGAGCUGCUGGUCAUCGCAGUGGCCACGCUCGUGUCCCACUUUGGGCAGCUCCACGAGCGCUUCGGCUCAAGUGUGGCCGGUGACAUCCCCACGGGCUUUAUCGCCCCACAGGUACCGGAGCCCAGGCUGAUGGGGCGUGUGGCCCUGGACGCCGUGCCCCUGGCCCUUGUGGGCUCAGCCUUCUCCGUUUCGCUGGCAGAGAUGUUCGCCCGCAGCCAUGGCUACACUGUCCGUGCCAACCAGGAGCUGCUGGCCGUGGGCUGCUGCAAUGUGCUGCCUGCCUUCUUCCACUGCUUCGCCACCAGUGCUGCCCUGGCCAAGAGCCUGGUGAAGACGGCCACUGGCUGCCGGACUCAGCUGUCCAGUGUGGUCAGCGCCGCCGUGGUGCUGCUGGUGCUACUGGCUUUGGCGCCGCUG